CGAGGAUAAGCAGCAAGAUGGCUGACGCUAUGGAUGAAUACGAGAAAGAAGCUGGCUGUGUCCCUAUUCUCCAUCCAGAGGAAAUCAAACCCCAGAGUCACUAUAACCAUGGUUACAGCGAGACCGCAGGCCGCAAGAGCCAUGUGGACGACUACAGCACCUGGGACAUCGUCAAAGCCACGCAGUAUGGGAUCAUUGAGCGCUGUCGGGAGCUGGUGGAGGCGGGGUAUGACGUACGGCAGCCCGACAAAGAGAACGUCACCCUGCUGCACUGGGCCGCCAUCAACAACAGAGUAGAGCUGGUCAAGUAUUACAUCUCGAAGGGCGCCAUCGUGGAUCAGCUGGGCGGGGACCUGAACUCCACACCCCUGCACUGGGCUACGAGGCAGGGACACCUCUCCAUGGUGGUGCAGCUGCUGAAGUACGGCUCAGACCCCGCCCUCAUCGACGGGGAGGGCUGCAGCUGUAUCCACCUGGCCGCGCAGUUCGGCCACACCUCCAUCGUGGCCUACCUCAUCGCCAAGGGACAGGAUGUGGACAUGAUGGACCAGAAUGGAAUGACUCCCCUGAUGUGGGCAGCCUACAGGACACCACAGGUUGUGGACCCCACGCGGCUGCUCCUCACCUUUAACGUGUCGGUGAGUCUGGGCGAUAAGUACCACAAGAACACGGCGCUGCACUGGGCCGUGCUCGCCGGCAACACCACGGUCAUCAGCCUCCUGCUGGACGCCGGGGCCAACGUGGACGCACAGAACAUCAAGGGAGAGACGGCACUGGACCUGGCCAAGCAGCGGAAGAACGUUUGGAUGAUCAACCACUUACAGGAGGCGUGGCAAGCCAAGGGCUACGACAGCCCCUCCUACCUGAAGAGGCUAAAAGCAGACAAGGAGUUCAGGCAGAAGGUGAUGUUAGGCACUCCGUUCCUGGUCAUCUGGCUGGUGGGGUUCAUUGCUGAUCUGGACGUCUCCUCCUGGCUCAUCAAGGCCCUCAUGUACCUGGCCGUCUGGGCCACUGUGCAGUUCCUCUCAAAGUCCUUCUUUGACCACUCCAUGCACAGCGCCCUGCCCCUGGGCAUCUACCUGGCCACCAAGUUCUGGAUGUACGUCACCUGGUUCUUCUGGUUCUGGAAUGAUCUCCCCCUCGUCACGGUGCACAUCCCGUUCCUCAUCAACAGCGUGCUGCUGUUCUACAACUUUGGAAAGUCCUGGAAGUCCGACCCGGGAAUCAUAAAGGCCUCCGAGGAGCAGAAGAAAAAGACCAUUGUGGAACUGGCAGAGACGGGGAGUCUGGACCUCAGCAUAUUCUGCAGUACCUGUUUGAUACGGAAGCCCGUGAGGUCCAAACACUGUGCCGUCUGCAACCGCUGCAUCGCCAAGUUCGACCACCACUGUCCGUGGGUGGGCAACUGCGUGGGAAGUGGGAAUCACCGCUACUUCAUGGGAUACCUGUUCUUCCUGCUCUGCAUGAUCUGCUGGAUGAUCUACGGCUGCAUCUGCUACUGGAGAAUUCACUGUGCCACCAGCUACCACAGGGACGGCUUCUGGGCCUACAUCACCCAGAUCGCCACCUGCUCGCCAUGGAUGUUCUGGAUGUUCCUCAACAGCAUCUUCCACUUCAUGUGGGUCGCCGUGCUCAUCAUGUGCCAGAUGUACCAGAUCGCCUGCCUGGGCAUAACCACGAACGAGAGGAUGAACGCCAGGAGAUACAAGCACUUUAAGGUCACCACCACGUCCAUCGAGAGCCCUUUCAACCACGGGUGCGUGAGGAACCUCAUAGACUUCUUUGAGUACCGCUGCUGUGGGCUGGUCCGGCCGGUGGUGGUGGACUGGACGACCCAGCACACGAUAGAUUACGAGCAGACGUCCGGGUCGGGCUACCAGCUGGUGUAGCGGGCAGCCCGGGGGCGCCGCGGAAGGUGCCAGAGAACGAGGCAGAUCCCGGGACCCCCCUUUCCCGGAUCGCUCUCCUCCGUCUCCGGGAAUGAAGUCAGCUGGGAAGGAGCAUGCAGACACGGGACACAACGACAGAACCAACAGCCACCCCUCCAACACCACCACCGCCGCCCGACCGCUCCCGUACCCCCGUACCCCCGUACCCCCCAAACCCCCAUCGGGCGACCGCAGGCUCCUCUCCACAUGUGGACAGUGUCUAACUGCCAGCUUUGUGCGUCAAAAAAGGGAAUUCCCGUUCUCGAAAUAGGAGUCUUACUUUGCAAUACCUGAAAUUUCUGGGUUUUCGUGAGUUUUUUUUUUUUUUUUUUUUUUUCUUCCAUAAUCACGGUUUUGGUUUGUCUCCCUGUUUGUUAUAAUUUUAUUGAAUUAAUUUAGUAUUAUUUUUUUGUUCAUGUUCUCACGUAUUUAUGCUUGAAACUUUACUGUUCCAUAAAAACGACCCUCGCUAGCCGCCACAGGGACCGGAGGGCUUGGCGGUGUUGCAGUGUGAGAGAAGGCCUGCCCAUUAAUCCCGCCGGUUUUGGGUGCUGCUCUUUCCCCCCGGUCUGGCGGAGGUUGGUUUUUCGCGCGUUGUGGUUUUCCGGUCCGUGCAGAUCACCUGUCGGCUAAAAUCCGCAGGGCAAUCGUCCCGUUUUUACCUGUGCUGAACAGUGUUGCCAUUACUGUGGCAUUAUUGAUGAAAAAAGUGUUUUAAAACGGAAUCUAAAAAACAUUUAGGCUGGAACGUGAUGACGCCAGCAUUUGGGAAUCAUAUUGUAAUCAUAUCAUUAAUAUAAAUAUAGGAUGAAAAUAUGAGGCCUGUGUAUUUAUUUUUUAACGCGAUUUGUAGAUAUACUGGAUGAAAUUAGGUACCGUUCGCUACUUUAGGUUUCAGAUAAUUAAAUGAUUUUUUUUAUUGUUAUGAAAGGAUAUAUCCAAUCUAAACUAACCUGAGUUGUUGCGCAUAUGGUCAUGAUGGAAUAUGAACUACACAUAUGUUUGUACACGCAUAUGUAGAUAUAUAUUUUUGGGGAAAGUAGACAUGACGACACGUGCGUUUUACCGCAGGGGGGAAAAGCUUGUGGUGAGGCAAGAUGUUCUGAGCCACUCACGAACGGGGGACAUUUAUAGAAUGGUUAAAGUUUACAAGAAUGGUUAAUUCCUUGUGUUGUCUUCUUGUUUGUUUGUUUGUGUUUGUUUUUGUUGGGUUUUUUUUUACCAUUUUGUCUUUUGUUGUUUGUUGUUUAUUUAUGCGUUUUCGUACGACGAUGCACUGGUUACCGUGGUUACGUGGUUCUCGUCUGGCUGUCGCUGAACAGUCGAGCGGAUGUCUGGACUUCGCAGGAACGCUUCCACGUUUACAGUCAGAGAGAGGCCCGACGCUCGAGGUCGUGGAAAUGUGAAGUUUUAUUUUCCGCCAAGCAUUUCCAGUUUAUUAUUUUCCCUUGUAUUUUAUUUUGUUUUUUCCAGUUUUGACACGAUUGGACUCUUUGUAAGAACCAGCAACAGGAUUGACACUAGUGUGUAAAGAUUGUGUAUCUGUACAGAAAUUCUCUAGUUUGCCCUUUAUCUGUGAGUGAGUUUCGUCAGUGUUAGUUGAAAGCUGCUCAUUUUAAUUUUAUUUAAAGUAAAAAAAAAUUAAAAAUUAAAAAAAAAAUUUUUUUUAAAAAAAUUACAAAAAAUUAAAAUAAAAUAAAAGGUAUAACAAAAAAAAAAAAAAGCAAAGAAAAAGAUAAUCGUGUGACUAGCUUUUAGUGAUGUCCGAACCCGCUGUGUAUAGUGUAUAGGCAUAUUAACCGGCAAGCUCUCUGCAUGUCUGAAGCUUGGGAAAUGGGCUGUCCCGGAGUUGCAGGCCAUCGACGCUGCACACCGUUGGUGCGGACCAGGAGCAUUGUGUCUGUAAAUAGUGAAUGUUCAGUAUUUUCCUCAAACUCAUUUCGAUGUUUGUUUUUAUUUUAAACCCCCCCCCACGAUGUGUAGGAACGUUUGGUUGUGCCGAGUCGUCCGUGGCCUGCGCAGGGCAGGGGUUGGCUACUUGCACAGUUGUAAUAUAUUUGAAUGUUCCCUUUUUUGAAGGAGGGGGGACUCCAGGAGAUUCCGCUAAUGUUUUUGUUCGUUUGUCUGUUUUUGUGUCACCCACCCCCACCCCCUGAAUUCUGUGUCAUAUUGGAGCGGUUGUUCAAACUGUAAAGGAGGUCGUAAGAGACACUGAGAGGACGGUUUUUAAAGUCGAGACGGAGCUUUUCUUUCGUGGUUUUGGUGCUGUGGCCCCGGAAACGGAAACCCCAGAGGAACAGGAACGGGGACAGCCUACUUUUCCGAUACCCCGGCGCAGCGAGAUGACAUCAUCAGUAAUGGACGCAAUGCAUCAUCGUGCUGAACCCACACCCACCCCCACCGUAGUCCUGAUGUGGGGUCUGCGAAAAGAUAUCAGUCUCCCACAGAGAUGCCAGUUUUAACUACGAACAUAAUUAUGGAAAAUAUUAUGUAGUUCUUCCAAAGUAAAUCCCCCACCACCACCACCCCCUCCCCCAUGUGAAAAGCACAUGAAUACAAAAUAUUUCAUGUUUUUACUGUGCCUCUAUUUAAUAUAUGUCAGAAGAACCAUAUGUCCACUUCAGAUGCAAACCUAUACAUGUUGGGCAUGGUAAUUAUAACGGGUUUAAUAAUAAAAGAAAAUGUAUACAUGUGAAAAUA